AUGUGCCUGCGCUCUGGCCGUCCGCCGUCUGGUGUCCGUCUUCUAUCUCCCCCCUCUGGCGUCUGCAUCACAAGGACCGCGUCGACGCCCGUCCGCACCGCCUGUCUCCCUCCAAAUGCUCCCGGCCUCGUCAGAUUCUCAGAGAUGGCAGUCGCACGACGGCCCGUCGGUUGCAAUGUUCUUGCUGGAUGGGAGUCGAGCACCACGCCCGCACGCACCCUCUGCCUCGAGUCGCGCGCAGCCCUUCUCUCGCUCCCGCUCCGCUGGCUGGCCUUCACGACUCGCCGUGCUAUAAGAGGCAUGGUCUGUCUGCCCCCUCCGGGCGUCGCUCCGUCGAAGCACGUCAUAGUCGCACAGACAACGCAGCCCUGCUGCGGCUCGACCGUCGACGGUUCAGUAGUCAGAGCAGCCAGCCAACCCGCCCUACGCCCACCUCCGCCCGAAUCAGCAUCCGUGCACACCAUGUGCGGCGAACCUGCCCGGCCGCACCUGCCCUUGGGCUUCACAAAGAUCUUAUCUCCGGGGUGCCUCCACGAUCAGCCCCGCACGCGGCGCGGGUGCCACCCCUCGCGAGUGCGCGUCGCCUGCUGCCACUGCCAGCAUCGCACCGCUGGUCAUCUGUCCCCACCAACACGUCUCGUCGCCUCCACCCUCCCGGGCGCCUCGGGGCCCCGCGUGUCCCUCGUUGCGCCUGCGUCUCCGCCUGGCCCCGGUGCGCAGCCGCUGCGCCGUCGUCGCCCACCUGCCCCCCUGCGCGAUGAUCUCGUCACCCGAGCUGGUUCCCCCCGCCACGCGCGCCCCCAUCGGCCGCGGUUCUCCUUCGAGGCGUGGUGGCGAUUAUCCAUCUCAUCAAUCACACUGCUCGGCACACCGCCUAUGCAUUCUACUGCCCCGCCCGGCGGUGGUCAAUCGCGGAUGGCGGCCCCAUACGGCGACCUUGCGAAGCGAGCUCAAUGA